AUGAAGCCUAAAACUUAUAUACCUACCGAAAAUGAUGACAAAGCCUGGAAUCUAUUACCGAAAUUACUGAAAACAACGAAGCCUAGAACUUAUAUACCUACUAAAAAUGAUGGUGAAGCCUGGAACCUAUUACCGAAAUUACAAAUUCUAGAACCUGAAAGAAAGUGGGA